AUGUACCGGAGUUCUUGCUUUUACAGUGAGGAAGCUUCAAACAAAAUAAUGGAGGCUCAGAAUCAGAAUUUGAAGACAAUACUGCCAUUGUCUUUAGGAAGAUUUCAUAUUUCUGAAGAUUAUGGCUUUCUUCUCCCAAAUCCUCUGAAAGAACUCCCAAGCCAUUAUAAGCCAUGGAUGGAAAUCGCCAACAAACUUCCUUACUUGCUUGAGAGUCACCAACUUCGAGUUCACGUGAACAAGAUGCCUCUCCUGAACUGCCAAUUCCUAAAGGGUUACCGGGAACAGCGUUUGGCCCACUUGGUCUUGAGUUUUAUUACCAUGGGAUAUGUCUGGCAAGAAGGAGAGACACAGCCUGCAAGGAUUUUGCCAAGAAAUCUUGCCCUUCCCUUUGUUGAAGUCUCCAGGAACUUGGGGCUCCCUCCUAUCCUGCUGCACUCAGACUUGGUGCUGACAAACUGGACUAAGCGAAAUCCAGAAGGGUACGAAAGGAAAGAGAACCUCGAUAUCAUCAUUGCAUUUCCUGGGGGAGAAAGCCUGCGUGGUUUUAUUCUGGUGACUCUUUUAGUGGAGAAAGCAGCCGUACCUGGGAUUAAGGCACUUGUUCAGUCAGUGAAUGCCAUCCUACAAUCCAGCCAAGAUUCCCUGCUCCAAGCCUUGCAGCAGCUGAGACUCUCCAUUCAGGAUAUCACCAAAAGCUUGAAACAAAUGCACGAUUAUGUAGAUCCAGACAUAUUUUAUGCAGUCAUCCGGAUCUUUCUCUCUGGAUGGAAAGAUAAUUCAGCAAUGCCUGCGGGGCUGAUAUAUGAAGGAGUCUCUAAAGAGCCCCUGAAAUAUUCGGGAGGGAGUGCUGCUCAGAGCACUGUGCUUCAUGCCUUUGAUGAAUUCUUAGGCAUUUGCCACAGUAAGGAAAGUGGUGACUUUCUGCACCGAAUGAGGGACUACAUGCCUCCAUGCCAUAAGGCCUUCAUAGAAGAAAUUCACUCUGCUCCUUCACUGAGAGAAUACACCUUGUCCUCUAGAAAUUGCCAACUUCUUACAGCCUACAACCAGUGUAUAGAAGCCCUGGCUGAGCUGCGCAGCUAUCAUAUCAAUAUGGUGACCAAAUACCUCAUCACAGCUGCAGCUAAGGCAAAGGUCAGGAAGCUGAGUCAUCUCCCAGAGCCACCUCAGGUUUUAGAAGAGAGAGGCACAGGUGGAACUGCAGUUCUGAGCUUCCUGAAAAGUGUCAGGGAUAAGACUUUAGAGUCAAUUCUCCAUCAAACUGACUAA